AUGACGGACAAGCCGGGCCUGCCCACGGGUGGCGGAGACGAUGCGGGGAGCAUCAUGGCGCUGCUGGAGCGCGUGGCGGGCCUCAUGGACAGCGUCCAGACCACGCAGCAGCGCAUGGAGGAGCGUCAGCUGGAGCUGGAGAACACGGUGAAGACCAUCCAGACCGACGUGGUCAAGCUGACCAGCGACCACGCCAACACCAGCUCCACCGUCGACCGGCUGCUGGAGAAAACGCGCAAGGUCAGCCGCCACGUCAAGGACGUCCGGGUGCGCGUGGAGAACCAGAACAUCCGGGUGAAGAAGGUGGAGGCCACCCAGGGAGACCUCCUGGCCAAGAACAAGUUCAGGGUGGUCAUCUAUCAGGGUGAGCAGGAGGUGAAGGCUGUCACACCAGGCAACGAGCCAGCAGAACCCAGCGGCAGCGCCAGAGCCAGAGCCGAGCCGGAACCGGACAAGUUUGAGCUCCCUCCAGAUUCGGAUGAAGAGUACAUGGUGGUGGAGGAGGCCGACUCCUCCUCGGCCAGCCGCAUGAAGAAGACGGGGCUGACGCGCAUCGAGAGCUUCAAAGCCACCUUCUCCAAGGAGAACAUGAGCAAGACCCGCGAGAACCUCGGCACCAAGGUCAACAAGUUCGGCGAGCGCAUCGUGACGGCCGAGAGACGCGAGAAGAUCCGCCAGUCCGGAGAGAGGCUGAAGCAGUCGGGCGAGAGGCUGAAGGAAACCAUCAGCAAGAACGUCCCGGCCAAGCUCAACCUGAAGAAGGAGAGGACUGUGGCGGAGGGCCAGGAAGGAGCCGAGGGCGCCGCCGAGGGAGCCGCACCCGUACCACCCCCCAAAGGCCGCAAGGGCUCCCCCGACGCAGCCAAGGCGGCCGACGAAGAGGGCAAGGCGGACGAGUCAGAGGUGCCGAUGUACGACAUGAAGCAGCUAUCGUAA